AUGUCCUACUAUCCUGGCUCUGGCGGCUACGGUGCGCAACAGCAUGGUGGUUACGGCUACCCUCAGCAAUCACACUCACCACAACCAUAUCCCCCCCAAGGCUACCCUCAAGGAUAUCCUCCUCAGUCACACUCUCCUCAGCCAUAUCCUCCCCAAGGGUACGGAGCCCCUGGUGGUUAUGGUCAACCUCCGCCGCAGGUAGCGCCUUACGGCUACAACAAUCCUCCUCCACAGCAAGGCGGAUAUGGUGGGUAUGGAUCUCCUCCUCCCCCAAAUGGCUAUGCAGGUGCUCCUCGACCAGGUGUGCCUUCUUAUGCCAGUAAUUCCUACCCGCAAGGCAACCACCAAGCCCCUCCUCCACCACCCACAGCACCACAACAAUUCGGUCACGGAGCCCCCGCUGGCUAUAGCUUCCAGUAUUCCAACUGCACAGGAAAACGCAAGGCACUGCUGAUAGGCAUCAAUUACUUUGGUCAGAGGGGUCAACUCCGAGGAUGCAUCAACGAUGUCAAGAACAUGUCGACCUAUUUGAACCAGAACUUUGGCUAUGCCAGAGAAGACAUGGUGAUAUUGACCGACGACCAGCAGAACCCAAUGUCACAGCCCACAAAAGCAAACAUACUCCGAGCUAUGCACUGGUUGGUCAAAGAUGCACGACCCAAUGACUCUCUGUUCUUCCACUAUAGCGGCCAUGGUGGUCAGACACCCGAUCUGGACGGAGACGAAGAAGACGGCUACGACGAGGUCAUCUAUCCUGUCGAUUUCCGGACGGCAGGUCAUAUAGUGGACGAUGAGAUGCAUCGUAUCAUGGUCAAGCCAUUACAACCUGGCGUCCGGCUCACCGCCAUUUUCGACUCAUGUCACUCCGGAUCUGCCCUCGAUCUUCCAUAUAUCUACUCGACUCAAGGUGUCCUCAAAGAACCCAACUUGGCCAAGGAAGCUGGCCAGGGCCUAUUGUCGAUUGUUUCGUCAUAUGCUCGUGGCGACUUGAGCGGCAUGGCCUCGUCAGCGAUGGGGCUUUUCAAAAAGGCUACCUCUGGAAAUGCCGUGUAUGAACGAAACAAGCAGACGAAAACUAGUCCUGCGGACGUGAUCAUGUGGUCUGGCAGCAAAGAUACCCAGACUAGCCAGGACGCCAACAUUGGAGGUGAAGCCACUGGCGCCAUGAGCUGGGCUUUUGUCACUUCGUUGAAGAAGAAUCCCCACCAGAGCUACGUGCAACUGCUGAACAGCAUCCGAGACGAACUGGCUACAAAAUAUACGCAGAAGCCUCAGUUGAGUUGUUCACACCCACUCAACACCGACCUCCUCUAUGUGAUGUAA